UUCUUAUUGCAGAUAUUUAUAUAAAAAAAAAUUAACAAAAAUAAAGAGAAAAUUGAACGACGGAGUGAUCGAGAGACCACAUUCUCUCUUCUCCGACUCUCAAGGGGACUUUAUAUGGCGGCUCUCGAGGGGAGCAAAAGUGAUCAGUGGCAGCUCAGUUCGCUCAAUCCCGCCUCCAAAUCUCGCAGCAGUUUUCAAGAUGUCUCCGCGAAUUCAAACCCUGCCGGAAAUUAUGGAUCAGAGACCGGCGAGCAGGAUUUCCCGGAGAAGAAUUGUCCAUGUGGAGUUGGUCUCUCCUUGAUCCUCACAUCAAACACUCAGAAGAAUCCAGGCCGAAGAUUCUACAAAUGCCCCAUUGGAGAGGAAAACGGAGGUUAUGGGUUUUUUCAGUGGUGUGAUGCGGUUCUGUCCGUCCAGAACUCAGCCAAGAGGAACUAGUCAUAGUUAUGGGAACACUAACGAAUCCAAGAUCCCGGAUCAAUAGCUUUUUUUUUGUUGAAAUGAUGGAAACAGAGGGACAACUUGACAUACAACUAUAUUAGCUUAAAAUAAUACGAGUUUGCAGAUUCUUUUAGUGCCAAGAACAAUCACCCGGAUAUCAGUGAAAAUUUAAUGUAGUAUCUUGCUUAGUUCUGAUUGUCUGUGUAAUAAUAUGGCCUCCUCUCAAUCUCAGGGCUCGUGUGGUUUCUUCAAAUGGUGCAACGUUGUUUCAGUCAGCUCUCCUACAACGUAUAUUGAGCAUCUGUCUUUCAUGGGGGACGUAGUCCAAACAAGCAGAUGCAUUACAUCGGUUUUGGAAGAAAGAGCAUGAUUGGGGAUGGAAAAAGUAUAUGGAAUUACCUGAGUUACAUUACGGUUUCUUAGAUGACUAUGGCUCUCUUACAGUACAGGAGGGAACUUCUUAAAGUUUAUUAAAUAGAGUAAAGAAAAUUUUCUUGAUGUCUAUGGAACAGAUGAGAAGCGAGUUGAUGACGGGCAAGCAUAUGCGCUUUUUGGUUAGGGAUGAAACAAAAUUCAAGACGAAAGAUGUCUCGAGAGAAAAAGGAUGUGAUUCUAAAACUAGUUGUGAAAUCUUUCUUCAUCAAGAAUGAAGUUACAUCCUCGUUGGUGAUGGAUUUCUUGUUUAAUGGGUUACUCUCUCUUGAUUCCAAUACCAACAAAGAAAUACAUUCAGUUUCACAACUCCUCAAGGAUGAUUUGACUCUUGAAGACGAACCUAAGAAAUAGAGAACAAGUGGUGCCAAAGAAUUGCUAGCUCCGAUUGUUAUUGUGGAGAAAGAUGUGUUUUUUUUAGCUGAUGGUGCGAUGUUACUCCUAGAGAAAGCUGUUCUUGAGCCAUUUCAUGAUGAAAGGAGUCCUCCAAAUCGUAUGGAGGUUGGUAAGGACGAGGAGAAGCUAUUAACUGAGCAUGCUAGAAGGAGUUUGGAGGUAUUUGUUCUUCAUCAUCUCUUCUGCAACAAAACCGAAGUUGCAUAUAAAGAACAUGUUGCAUUGAAAAUGCAAGAAGAGCUUAUUCGUGAAGAAGAAAACGAUCUGAAGAAAAAAAAUUAAAAAGUGAAGAAUAAAGAAGCUAUAUUUGCGUUGUUGUCAACGAAAUUUCAAGUGUUUGAUAACUAGGCCAUAUUGAAACUGUUUUCACUUUUUUAGUAUCGAAUAAAGAAGCUAUAUUUGCAUUUUGUGGUUUAUUUCAUUUUAUUAAAGGUCUUAAUUUAGAUCUUUGUUGACAGAAA